CCACGGAUGAUGAUCUGUCUGAGUUGAAGUGCCAAUUUCCAACCAGCCAUUCGGCUAUCCCACCAGCCAGCACACCCAUCGCAAGGCGGCGAUCAGCUCGAUAUAUAUACGAACCUCGGGUACCUAUCUUCAUUUCAGAUCAUAUUCUCCAGAUUGACGGCCUUGUAGGGCGCACCAUCAUUUCUUGUUGGCAGCUCAACCUCGCCGGUCGCAUACCCCGCAGAAGGGUACCGGAGUCCCCCUCGCGAAGUCACCACACCUGGUCCGACAUCACCCAUAACCAGUUUCACUGUAGGUACUCCCGUCAUCCGAACAUGUGGCCGCCGCUCUGUACCCAAUGUAUCGCCGCCGCCUAUGGUCUCCCCGCCUACUGGUAUGCCGUCCUUCAAGGCGUUCUUCAAGAGGUCACGUUCCAAUACGAUGUCAGCCCCCCGGUCAAACACUCUUGGGAGGGAGAAGAGGAUAUUUGGAUGGCUGAAGAUUUAGCGCGGGUUAUGGUAGUGCCAGUGCAUUUCUUGAUUUUUUUUUGGUUUUGCGCAAGUUCCGCGUAUUGGUUCUCGUCACCCAACAUUUGUAGUAGUUUUCCGCUUAUAAUUCCAAUUUCAAAUUCAUGAACCG